AUGCCGUCAGCGCGCCGAGUCAAAGUCUUCGGACUCCUCAUUUUCAUCUUUGUCAUCACAGUGCUCUUCUACACCUCAUCGCUGCGUCAGCAGCGGUCGCAGGACCCGCGCACCCUCGGCGACUUCUACGCCAAAACCGUCCAUGGCUUGGAUAAGAACAAGAAUCAUGGCACAGGCAAAACAGCAGGGACGGGAGCGUCUGGCGAUAAGGAGGUAGCGGCGGCGAUGGCGGCGAGGUUAAAGGAUGCUGCGAAAGUAGCCAAGGAUAACGCGAAUGCGAAGGCGCCCAAACCUGAUGCGCCCUCCGAGGUUGUGGGCGUGGGGAAUGCCGCUGGAGAUGGGAGGAGUGUUGCUGGGAGGAAGAAGUUCCCUCCUGGAAGUGCGGAGGCCCAGGAGCCGGUCAGGGAGGAGACGUUGGAGGAGCAUGAGGUGGAGGAGGUGCUUAAUACUAUCUUGAAGAAAUCACCGAUCAUCAUAUUCUCCAAAUCCUACUGCCCGUUUUCUCGAAAGGCCAAAACCAUCCUGCUAGAACAAUACUCCAUCGAUCCCGCGCCGUACGUGGUAGAGCUCGAUCAGCACAAGCUAGGGCCGCAACUACAAGCCAAGCUCGCAGAGCUCACCGGCCGCAAGACCGUCCCGAAUGUGCUCAUAAACGGCGUCAGUAUUGGAGGCGGAGAUGAUAUUGCCGAGCUCGAUGAAAACAAGAAAUUGAUUUCGAAAAUUAAGGAUCUGGGUGCUAAGAAGGUUAUUAAUAUCAAAGCGCGACCUGAUGGGUACGAUUCGUCCAAGAGUUUAUAA